UAGAUUUCACAAUAGAAAUUUUGUUGAAAAAUUAUCAAAAUGGUGUGUUGAGUGGAUGAAAAUUGUGUUUUUAUACGUGUUUUGCGUAAAAGUAUAUUGAAUAUACCGCAAAUUCAUGUUAGAAUUCAUAAUGAUAUUGUAGGAAAGACUGAUCUGAACAAAAGUGGGAGUAGAACAGGAAAAUAGUAGGGACAGAACGUCAAUAGAAGCAACGAUUGGGAACUGUAUAGGGAAACAGGAAGGGUGCAAACACAGAGAAAUAGAGACUAUGGAAGUGAGGUGGAAUAACUUGAACCGCGCGCAUAUAUGAAGAAAUGAGCAGGGAUGAAUCAAGCUACGUCAUGGGGUGGUAUCGAAGGCGCGUACGGUUAGUGGUAACAGAUACGAGAGUGAGUAUACUUGGAUUCGAAAGUGGGAACGAAAGUCAGGGGUAUAUUUUGUAAGGGCAGAUACUGCCGAAAUAGGGGAGGAACGUCACGCGGAUAAGGACUUAUGAUGAUGGUCCGAAGGUGCAACCGGCACCGAGGAAAAAAUUUAUAAAAUGUGAAUCGUGGCUAAUAAUAAUAUAUAUAUUUCUCUAUUUGAUUCCAUUAGUUAGAAUAGCACUGCGCACGCAAAUCGGAUAACAACUUUCUCUCUUAUCCUAUUACAUAAAAUUAAGCUAAUAUGCCCUUGGUUACUAUUAAAAAGUGUACGUACAAUUCAUGCCGAAGAUCAUUGUUGAGUGAGAGUUUUUAAUUGUUUAAUUUAAAGAUACAUUUAAUAAAUAAAAAUAGCUUUUGGUAUACCGUGACGCAAGUGAACUGCGAUAAUGUGUGAAAACCAUGGCUAGCUUUUCAUUAUCACAAAAAAUAAUUUUUUUUUUACAACAAGAGUGUCAGAAUAAUUACAAGGGCUAAGGUUAAAAAACUCCACUUCAGACGAGCUUCCUGACAUUCCGGACAAAAAGCCUCAGAUCAAGACUAAAAACUCUAUUUAAAUACGUAAGAGGACUUACAGAAUAUUUCAACAAUGAAGCUGGAAAUGAUCAUGAACCGAGAGAAAAAUCUCGAACUUUUUGGGAAGCUCAUCCGAACAAAAAAGAUAGAAAAUCUGCAAGGUGAUCAACAAAGAAGUCAUCAACCUGCUGAUUCUAGUGAUGCUAAACAGAAAUUACAGAAGUGCCUGACGACUUUAGACUUGACGUCCCUUGGAGUUGGUUCCUGUGUUGGGACAGGAAUGUACCUGGUAGCGGGAAUGGUAGCUCGAAGUGUCGCUGGACCAGGAGUUGUUAUUUCAUUCAUAAUAGCAGCAAUCGCUUCUAUUUUUUCUGGUGCGUGCUAUGCCGAAUUUGGUGUCCGAGUGCCUCAUACAACUGGAAGUGCAUAUAUGUACAGUUAUGUGACAGUUGGAGAAUUAAUAGCAUUUAUAAUUGGAUGGAAUAUGGUUCUCGAAUAUCUUAUUGGUACAAGUGCAUGUGCUUGUGCCUUGAGUGCUUGCUUGGAUGCCCUGGUGGAUGGCGCUAUUUCUAGCGCAAUCGGCAAUGGUUUUGGAACAUUUUUUGGACGACCACCUGAUUUCAUUGCCUUUGUAAUUACAUUAUUGAUGAUGUUACUAUUAGUAGCAGGAGUCAGAAAAUCCUUAGUAUUUAACAAUAUUUUAAAUGCUAUUAAUCUCGCUGCCUGGGUUUUCAUAAUGGCCGCCGGAAUGUUUUACGUCGACUCAAGUAACUGGUCUGAACAUAAAGGAUUUCUACCUUAUGGUUGGAGUGGGGUGUUUACUGGUGCCGCCACAUGUUUUUAUGCUUUUAUCGGUUUUGAUAUUAUUGCGACAACAGGAGAAGAAGCAACCAAUCCAAAACGAAGUAUUCCACUAGCGAUAGUUACAUCACUUCUUAUAAUCUUAACUGCAUACGUAACAAGCAGCAUGGUUUUGACAUUAAUUGUUCCAUAUGAUCAAGUAGAUACAGAUUCAGCGCUAGUAGACAUGUUUGGCCAAGUUGGAGCGAACAAAUGCAAAUAUAUUGUUGCAGUUGGAGCAGUAGCAGGAUUAACUGUUUCUAUGUUUGGUAGCAUGUUCCCAAUGCCUAGAAUAGUCUAUGCUAUGGCUCAAGAUGGACUUAUUUUUCGAAUUUUCAGUCAACUCUUACCUUUGACAGGCACUCCAGCCUUAGCGACUUUCACUUCUGGAGUUGCUGCUGCUUUUGUUGCACUUUUAAUCCGAUUGGAUGUCUUGGUGGAAAUGAUGUCAAUCGGUACUUUAUUGGCUUACACACUCGUAUCAACAUGCGUUCUUAUUCUCCGUUAUCAGCCCCAUUCAACAAAUUUAAUUGAGCUGCUACCUCAAAGCCUACGUACACCUUGUCGAUCACCACCAAAGGAGACGCAAAAUAAUAGCUCAACCACGUAUAGCAAAGAAUUACGUUCCGAUCAACUUACUAGUGCUUUGAACACGAUACAUGCAACUCAAACAGAACUUACAACGAAUAGUAAUGGUCAACGGGUUACUGUCCGACGUGUUCGAAGAGCGAAUAGCUCGUCUCCAGAAUCAGACGAUACAUACGGUGCAGAGGAAGAUGACGUUGGUCUGGGUAAAGAUGACCAAUAUUUAGUCAGUGAUAGGACAGAAAAUAAAUUUUAUGGUAGCGUUCAUGCUGCCGCAGCUGCUUCUAGUUGUAGUAGCGCUCAUCAGUAUCCUGGAACCACUCCAAUUAUUGGACCUCCCUUGAAUUACAUUCAAAGACGAUUGCAGGCUGCUCAAUACUUAUGUCCAGCAAUAUUUCCAUGGGUAGAUCGAGGACCUGCAACUGAAGCCUCGGGUCGCUACGUCAUGAAGAUGGUUGCCAUACUCUAUUUACUUAUUUUAAUAUUCGACUUCAUUGUAGUGGUCGGUAUGGGCAAUAUGGGCACUUUUACGACAAUUCUCCUAUUUUCUUUUUUGUUUGCCAUCAUUGGAGUAUUGUUAGCAAUAAGUAGAAAACCCCAGAAUAGAAGCUCAGUUAUGUUUAUGACUCCAGGACUUCCGUUCGUACCAGCGAUAGCAGUAACCGUUAACAUUUACCUCAUUUUCAAACUCAGUAUUUUGACUCUAGUUAGAUUUACUAUUUGGAUGACGUUGGGUUUUAUUGUGUAUUUCUACUACGGAAUAAAGAAUAGCACUUUAGAGCAAAAAGAUUCGGAUGAUAUUAAUUCCAGCGAAAAUGUUGGAAAUAUUGAAUUAAAAAUUACUGACCAUGCAGGCGUAUCCCCAUCUCAUCGACACGCGGAUGAAUCAGACCGCAGUAUUUACGAAGGACAACAACUAGAUGCUUUUGGGCAGCCUGUAUUUGGUAGCACUAACUUUGGUGGUAAACCAAGUAAUUCCGGUGCUACAGUGCAAUCACAUUCUACAUCCCAAGGUUUUUUUGUUCCUGAAAAUAAUUUUCCCUCUUGGGAUGAUUAAGUAUAAAAUUAAAAUAUUUACGCUGGCUAGCAUGUAUUAUACGCGUUAACGUUGUGGCCAUAAUAAAAAAUACGAGAUAAUUGUUUUACGUGAAAGCAAGUCUUAUAUUAAUGCAGACGGGUUUUUCUUAAUGAGAUGUUACUCCAAAUGAGAUUAAAGUUUAUGCCUAGGCGUUCAUUAAUUAAUCCAUCGACUUCCAUUCAUUUUCACGUGACGUAAGAUAAUGGUAAUAGAUACAGUUUAUUAUUACCAAUUUUUAUUUUAUAAAGCAAAAAAAAAAACCAAUAAUUUAUUUCGAGUUUCCAAUGAAAAUAUAUGUUGGUUUAUCAUGUUUUAGAAGCCCUUUCUAAAUAUGAGCCCAAAUAAAACAUUCCUAUUAUUGAGGUUGCUCGAAAAUUUUUUUACGUUCAAAAAGAUGUACUAAUAAAUGCAUCAAUUAUUACUCAGAUGUAAAAACACCUUAUUAUGUUUUUUACUCUUAAAAUUAAAUCUCAUCGUUUAUUUAAAAUGUUAAUUUCAAAUAAAUAAAUUGAAAAUCUUUUAAUACUCUCAUUUACAGGUAGUCUAAUUAAGAAGUUGAUAUUCUGUGAAAAAUACUUCCAAUCAUGUUAAAAAUAUAAGGAAUAGUGGAUUAGUUUCCAAAUAAAAUUCUGAGAAAAUGGUUUUUUCGAUUUUUCUUACCCACAAAAAUUGCAAUUAUCAUUAACAAAGAACAAGAAAAGAAAAAAAAAUCAUUUUAU